AUGGCACAAACACCACUACCACCAAACCAGGAUCCAUCUAGCCCUUUCUACUUACAUCCUACAGACAACACUGCAAAUCAAUUGGUUUCAGUAAAGUUUAAGGGUGAAGGAGAAGCAUAUGGAGACUGGAGAAGAAGCAUGAUGAUUUCCAUGUCUUCUAAGAAUAAACUAGGGUUUGUGAAUGGAACGAUUUCCAAACCUGAUACUGAUGAUGCUACAUACUUAGCCUGGAUGAGAUGCAAUGACAUGAUGAUAUCCUGGUUGCUCUUUAAUCUAGACUCAACCAUAGCUAAGAGUGUGAUGUAUUUCAAUACAGCUAGAGAGAUUUGGUUGGAUCUAGAAGACAGAUUUGGUUUUGUUAAUGGACCACAAUUGUUUGCUUUAGAACAACAGGCUUCUGAUAUUACUCAAGGAACACAAAGUAUUUCAGAAUUUUUCACUGAGAUUAAGUCACUUUGGGACAAACUGAGUGCAGCAAACCCCUUGCCAGUUUGUACUUGUAAUCUGUGCACCUGCAAUUUGACACAGAAGAUCUUUAAGAUGCAGCAAGAUCAUAGACUUAUGCAAUUUCUCAUGAAAUUGAGUGAACAUCUGGCCACAGCAAGGGGAAAUUUACUUAUGAUGCAACCUCUUCCAACCAUCUCUCAUGCAUAUAGAAUGCUAGCUCAAGAGGAAAGGCAAAGAGAACUCAGUAUACCUACACUCCAACAUCAUGAGAGCCAUGCUUUUGCAGCAGAUAGGAGGAGGUAUAAUGAUUAUCAGAAUAGAGGAAACUACAGAGGACAACAGUCAUAUGGUAGAUCUGGAUAUCAGUAUAACAAUUCUGCAGGAACAGGAGGAAACAAGACUGCAUAA